AGAGAAUAAGUUAAAAAAAAAAAAACAUUAGUGGUUGUGGAGUUAAAAGAGAAGAAAAGAUGGGAAAAGAGAGAGGAGAGGGUAAAUACAGUCACGGGUUCUCACAUGGUGAGAUGGAGUCUUUGGCAAGCAUAUGCGAAGCAGUUUUGCCACCUUCUUCCUCCAUGGAAGACCAAACUCUGCAAUCCUUCUAUAGGGCUUCUGGCUCUCAACCUCCUAUCCCAGAUGAGAUUGCAGAGCUACUAACAAAGAGAGGAUUGAUAGAAGCAAAAUUGAUAGUGAGGAUUGUACUGUUGAUGUUAUCAACAAGAUUGGGUACCUUACUCCUCUGUGGCGCCCUUUCUUUUACUUGGAACUUUCCGUACAUCAACAAAUUCUCCAGUCUGUGUUUGGAGGAUAGAGAGAAAGUUCUGCAGAAAUGGUUCAAGCAUUGCCUCUUUACUCCAAUCAGGAUUGCCUUUAUCUACGUCAAAGUCAUGUGCCUCUACAUUUUCUUCUCCAGGGUCGAUGGAACAGUUAAAAACCCAGCCUGGAAAGCCAUAGGGUAUCAGCUAGAAACUGAUGGGGAUCUGUCCCAAGUUCCAAAAGACAGACUCCUUCAAAAGGGAAUGAUAGAGACCAAACAUGAGACUCAUGAAACUCUUGUUCAAUCUCUUAUCCAGAAAGGUCUCAAAGCGACACAAGAUUCCAAACAGGAGCACAUUAAAGUCCAAUGUGAUGUUGUCAUUGUAGGCUCUGGUUGUGGUGGAGGUGUUGCAGCUGCUGUUUUAGCAAGCUCAGGCCAAAAGGUGGUUGUCCUCGAGAAAGGAGACUAUUUCACUCCAGCAGAAUAUUCUCCCUAUGAGGGACCCUCGUUAGAACGACUUUAUGAAUGUGGAGGGGUCCUUCCAACUGUAGAUGGGAAUAUGAUGAUUUUAGCAGGAGCAACAGUGGGUGGUGGCUCAGCUGUCAACUGGUCAGCAUGCAUCAAAACACCGAAGUCUGUGCUUCGGGAAUGGGCUGACAACCAUAAGAUCCCGGUCUUUGGCACCACGGAAUAUCUCUCUGCCAUGGAUAUUGUAUGUAAAAGACUUGGUGUGACCGAGAAUUGUGUUCAGGAGAGCUUUCAAAAUCAAGUACUUCGAAAAGGGUGCGAAAAUCUGGGUCUCAAAGUUGAAAAGGUGCCACGUAAUUCCUCAGAGGAUCAUUACUGUGGAUCUUGUGGCUAUGGUUGUAAACAAGGAGACAAGAAAGGGACUGAUUGCACAUGGCUGGUGGAUGCUGUAAACCAUGGUGCAGUGAUCUUAACCGGAUGCAAAGCUGAGAGAUUCAUAUUAGAGAAAAACAAAAGUGGCAGUAAGAGGAAAAGGAAAUGCCUGGGAGUGAUUGCAAAAUCAUUGAAUGAAACCAUAACGAUGAAACUGCAAUUUGAAGCUAAAGUAACAAUCUCAGCAUGUGGGGCACUUUUGACACCUCCCUUAAUGCUUUCCAGUGGAUUGAAGAACCGAAACAUUGGUCGAAACCUUCAUCUUCAUCCUGUUCUAAUGGCUUGGGGAUACUUUCCGGAGCCAAAUACAGAGUUCAAGGGAAAAUCCUACGAGGGUGGAAUAAUCACAUCAGUCCAUAAGGUAGUAUCAGGAGAUUCUGAUGUAAAAGCCAUCAUAGAAACUCCUCAACUUGGUCCUGCAUCAUUUGCCACAUUAUGCCCAUGGGUAUCUGGACUUGAUAUGAAAAACAGAAUGACAAAAUUUUCACGAACGUCUCACUUGAUUACAAUUGUAAGGGACCAGGGGUCAGGAGAAGUGAAGUUGGAGGGAAGAAUAAGCUAUUACCUCAGCAGAGAAGACAAAGAAAAUUUAAAGGCUGGAUUGCGGCGGGCAAUUCAGAUUUUAAUAGCAGCUGGAGCAGUUGAAGUGGGCACCCACCGAAGCGAUGGGCAAAGAAUCAAAUGUAAAGGGCUAAAUGAGAAGGAAAUAGAGGAAUUUUUGGAGACAGUUUCUCCAGUGGACGGGGCAAUAUCCUUUGCAGAGAACUGGGUGCUCUAUUCUUCUGCUCAUCAGAUGGGAAGUUGUAGAAUGGGGAUCAACGAGAAAGAAGGUGCAGUUAAUGAGAAUGGGGAGAGUUGGGAAGCAGAAGGCUUAUUCGUUUGUGAUGCUAGUGUUCUGCCAAGUGCCGUUGGAGUUAAUCCCAUGAUAACCAUUGAGGCGACAGCUUACUGUCUUUCCAACAGAAUAGCAGAGUUUUUAAGAAUACAACAAACAAAAAAGGUUUACUAAUCAUUCAUAAACAACCAUAAUAUUAACGUUUUAUAUGUUCUAUGUUUUCAUUCUGCAGGAGAAAACAAGAAAAAGAAAAAGGAAAUGAUAAUGGAGUUUGAGCCACAGUAGCACUAACAAGACCGGGUUAAAGUAAGCAUGAAAGCCUCAUGUGGCAGCCACAGCCAGUAAAUUAGCAGAAGAGAACUAAUAGAAUAAUGUGGGGAAUGGAAAAGAGUCCUGAGAACUCCUCUACCUGGGAAAUAAAUCAAAUAGAUAUAUACUCCAUUAAUGUCAAUAAGAAAGCAAAACCUUUCUAAAAUUUCUCUUUGAUUUUGGUUCGCUGCAUACAAUUUGCACGUAUUAUGAUCUUUAUAUUUUGACAACUCACAUUCUUACAUACUUAGACCACAUUGAACUCAGUGAAUAAUCUUGCUACCGCGAUAGCUAUAGAGUGUCAAGUAUGCUUCGGGGGUGUAUACAAUCUUCGAAAUUUUUGCAUAUUUAAAGUUUCAAAAUUAAAAAAAAAAAGGUAAAAUCCAGAAUAUGAAUUCAACAACAAAGAUUUGUUUCAGUCAAGUGAUUUACGCCAUGUACACAAAUGCUUAUU